AUGCUUUCAAGAAACCUGAGACUCAAGGAGUCAUUACCUUGGGUUAGCUCGACGCUAUUCUGCGUAAAACGUCGCUUCCUGGCACAAGUUGUCAAUGUGCCGAACAUACCUACUGAAGAUGACAAGCCCUUUGACGUCCCGAUAUCAGAAGACAGCUUCGAGACGUAUCAUUUUGACCAUCCCCCAUACACAGUAGGAACCACAAAAAGGCAGCUCAAGGACCUGUACCGAGACAUGCUUAUGAUAAGACGAAUGGAACUAGCCGCUGACAAGCUUUACAAGGAAAAGAAGAUUCGUGGAUUCUGUCAUUUGUCAACUGGCCAAGAGGCAGUCGCUGUUGGCAUUGAAAAUGGCAUCAGCAAAGAAGAUAAAUUAAUAACGGCAUACCGCUCUCAUGGAUUCACAUUUACGCGAGGGGCGAGUAUCAAGUCUAUUAUUGGCGAACUACUUGGACGACAGGAUGGCAUAUCCCACGGCAAAGGAGGCUCUAUGCACAUGUUCUGCGAAAGCUUCUUUGGGGGUAAUGGCAUCGUGGGAGCUCAUGUACCAGUCGGCGCUGGAAUAGCAUUUGCUCAACAGUACAAUGACAGCGAUAAUGUCACGAUUGAUGUGUAUGGUGACGGAGCAGCAAACCAAGGUCAAGUCCAUGAGGCUUUUAACAUGGCGAAAUUGUGGAAUCUGCCUGUUUUGUUUGGGUGCGAGAAUAAUCAGUACGGCAUGGGAACCUCCGCUGAAAGAGCGUCUGCAAUGACUGACUACUAUAAACGUGGUUUAUACAUUCCUGGAUUAAGAGUGAACGGUAUGGACGUCCUGGCAGUAAUGGCAGCAGUAAAGCACGGCAAGGAGUUCAUUCGGGCUGGAAAUGGGCCCUUGGUCUAUGAGUUUGUAACAUAUCGGUACGCCGGGCACUCAAUGAGUGAUCCUGGAGUCGCAUACCGGACUCGCGAAGAGUUAAAGGCGGAGCGUGCGAAGGACCCAGUUUCGACCUUCCGGGGAAAGCUGAUAGAUUGGGGCGUCCUCACGGAGGACGAAGCAAAAACAAUCGAUAAGAACGUGAGAGAAAAGGUAAAUCAUGAGGUGGCAGAAGCUGAGAAGAUGCCAGAACCUGAGCCGAGACUGGAUGUUUUAUUUCAAGAUAUUUACGUCCGGGGAAGUGAGCCUGGCCAGCGCCGAGGACCUCUCGCGACUCCGGCACGAUGCACUGCCGACUUUUCUCUGAUUCCGAUUGGAACUCAGAACGCUUCUUUCUCUCAACAGAUCGCGGAUAUCCAGCGGUUGUUGACGCAGGCCAGUCAGCAGACAGGUCUGAAGUACCAGUUGAAUCCCACAGGAACCACAGUUGAGGGGCCGUGGGAUCAAGUCGUUCAGGUGAUUGGUUUUGCCCACACGUUGAUUCAUCAGGAAGGCGUCCCCAGGAUUCAGACGGAUAUUCGUAUCACGACCAGUGACACGCAGUCGUUGACUGCGAGUGUAACUGACUAUCCCACCGAGAACGGAAGACGAUACCACAAAUACCAUGAGGGAUCAUACGUUUACCCGAACGAUGAGCAGGAAUUGGAUCGAUUAGACAUGCAGCACCAUAUGAUCAAAUUGGUCAACGAUGGACGACUGUUCUUCGCCCCCAUACAUAGCCCUAAACGAAUCCUCGAUAUCGGUACUGGAUCUGGCAUAUGGCCCAUAGAAAUGGCAUCUAUCUUCCCCGAAGCCGAAAUCACAGGCACUGAUCUGUCGCCUGUUCAACCGACUGAGGUUCCCGAUAACGUUCACUUUCUCGUCGACGAUGCCACCGAAGAAGACUGGUUAUGGGACGCAGACCACUUCGACUUGAUUCACACAGCCCACAUGAUUGGUUCAUUCCCAUCCUUCAAAGAUGUCUUGCGCAAGGGAUUCAAGCAUCUCAAACCUGGCGGUUAUAUGGAGUGCCACGAAUUCGACCCUAAGCUGAAAUGUGACGAUGGUACCAUGCCUCCCGAGAAUCCCGAUGGCUUCUGUGAAUAUGCUUUGCAUGAUUGGGUCGAUCUCAAUGUGCGCUCAAGCCAAGUUGCAGAUCCCCCAAGACAAUUUCGCAUCGCUCAUCGUAUUGCUCGCUGGAUGAAAGAAGUCGGCUUCGUGGACGUUCAGGAACGCAUCUCCAAGGUUCCGACCAACCCAUGGUCUGAUGAUCCGCACCUGCGUACCAUAGGCACUUGGAAUGAGACGAAUUGGCUAGAGGCUCUGUCCGGAUGGUCCUACAAACCUCUUCUUGCACUGGGGUGGUCGAAGCCGGAGAUUGAAGUUUUUCUGGUUAAUGUGCGAAGAAGCAUUCAGAAUCGUGAUGUCCAUAGCUACAUGGACUUCUAUGUCGUAACAGGUGGACACAGCUCAAUUGCACUCGAAUGCCCCCGUUGCCUCAUGUCUCUCGGCAGACAUGCCUAUCGGCAUGCAAUACAGCCAUCUUCCACACAUCUCAUUGACUACGUGUGGAUUAGCGAAGAACUGCUCGCAUCAACCUUCCGACGAUUCGCAACCAGUCAACGACGCUACGAAAGUCGAGUGCCAGGGCCUUUGGAAGCAAGAAGACGUCUGGCCAAGCGACGAAAUACUGCAUUGGCCGGUAUAGCCGGUUCGGGACCUCUAGAAGACAUUGCAUGUUUGUUUGGACGAAAUGGGCGGGAGCACAUGAAAUGGACGGACCGGCAGGAACGAGAUGUUCACCCGGAGGCCCAUGAAGGUUCGCCUCUCUAUCCAUUGAGCCCUCCAGAGCCUCCUUUGCCGUUCUACAGCGAAAACAUUGACCCGAGCGAGUUCAACACAUUGAGUGGUCUACCGGGGUUCCCGGAUGCGGCACACAGGGUUUCUCGUGGUCAAGCUUUAGAAGAAUUUCUGAAAUCGCGACCAUCAGUCACAGCUAUCGGGAUCUUCAUGCGCCAACUCAAUUUCGAUCUCCAGCGGGAGCCUGCCUACAGCCGCCUGAUACUUAAACACCUGCUGCCGCGAUCAGUCUACAACGAAGUCGCCAUGAAGAAGGUUGUCGAGUUCCUCGAUGAUCCGUAUCUGAAUACAAGAGGCGCUGGAAAUUAUCUGUGCGCUCUCAAGCAUAUUCUAUCAACAGCAGCGAUUUUCGGGAAACAGCGGGUGUUCGACGCUGUUAUUCGAUCCUUGGAGCUAGGACUCUUACAUCCCAAUGAGCUUCAAGAUAUCAUAAAGACUAUAUCAAAUGUCAAACUCAAACGAUCUCAUGAGUUCACAGCGCGGAACUCCAGGUUCCUGAUUAGGUUUCAUCGGGAGAUGUGGGACGCCAUCGGACGUUGUGAUAUCUAUCGACACAAGGAUCUUGGCAAAGAUCUAGUUGAUACAUGGCUAAGCAUUCUUUGCGAAAGAAAAACCUAUGACGAUGUCAUACUGGCGAAGGACAUGAUCCUGGCGACCCAAGAUCCUACUUCAUCUGACUCUCAAUGGGUGCCGAUGUUGAUUGCACGCUGGUUAAAAAUUUCGGCGGAAUCACGGCAUAGCACCAACCGGCAUUAUCUCAAGGAGCUCUUGGGUUAUUUCCAUCCAACUGCCACAUCCAAAUUUAUCAUCCGCACAACAGAGUAUCUGGUGUCUACGAAGACGGACUGCUUGCUUGAGUGGCAGCGCCGCUUGUCCGAGCUUGACAAGCUAACAAGUGUUGUCUCUUCACAGACAUGGGUUGAUGUGCGCGCGCAGCAUACUACCGAGUCAUUGGGAUCUACGCAAGAGACGAAAUCGACACUAUCAUUCAGACACCAAAUUAUCUUGCGCAUUUGGACGCUGCGGAGUCUUAGCAAAUAUCUCCCUCAGGGUCCGCUUUGGAGAAGAGAUCCGAGGGUGACUGACUCGCAUAUAACUCAUCUCUUCACAAUUUACGAAUCUACUCUCUACAAGGGCGGCUACGAGGACCUCUUAAGCAGCUUGAUGAAGGAAAUUCACGCACUUGGCAUACCAUCUAACGGCCUGCUGAUGUCGGUCGUGGAAUUGAAGGCAGCAAAGCGCAUGACGCGAACUCAAAGACGGACGUUGGAGAAACUCGAGACCACAAAAGUGUCUUUCGCGGAGAUGUUCUCAGAUAUUCAUGCUUACAACGCAACAAACACUCAUUUUUUUUCCACCUAUGAGAAGAUGGCACGGCAGAUCGAUAUCACCGACCCUUCUUUCGUGAAACAUGCGAUUGAGACCGCCAGGGACGGGAACAUACAAAGAAUCUGGACGCUGAUCCGUUUGUUCCGUUGUCACACCCCCCUCAAGAUCGCGAUAUCGAGCUUUUGGCCGCCUGUCCCCGACCCCUCGGAGAAAGCUCUUGUGCGCUACAACCCAGAGCCAAGAACCGCGCUCUGUCCAGACCCUCAUUUGGCCGUAGAGAUGAUCCACCUCUUUGCUGUUUCUCUCGCAUGUUCAAGGAACAUCAGCCCGCGCCGUGCCUUCACGCUUGUCCACUGGCUCUACGAUUUUCUGAUGUCCCACAACGCGCACGUGAAACCGUCACUUGUACGCGCUAUGUAUCAUGCUGGUGUGCUGCGUUUCCGAAGAGCAGGGUUGAACGUUGCGCCGACUCAGUAUGCCUACAUCCUUGACCGCGUGAAAGAAAUCGAGACGCCGGAGAUGGUGCAAGCCCUUAUGGAGCCGCCGCGCGUGGGAGAAAGCAGGAAGCGAUCAGACUCGGUCUGA